ACUAGCCGACCUGCUACUAACCGCUAGCAUCAUAAUCAAACAUGAAGCCCUUUCCUUUUGAUCUUCCUAAAUCACAUUGUAUUUUCGUGUAACAGUGUAAAAUAUCGGAACUGUCCCAAAAUGUCCCACAAGCUGCUGAGCGGGGAGAAAUGCUUGAUUCUGAUUGGUCAGAAGAUGUUGAUGUAUUUUGUAGAACAGCAGCUCUGAAAGUAGUUCAGGUUACACUGGACAUCCAGUAACAGUACACAGACGCUCUACAUGAACAGAGUUACGAAGUUUUCUGGUUGCCAACUCCAUCAGGCGAGUGUUUAUGUCUGAGGUUCCAACCAUCGCAAUCGACUGGGUUCAGAUCGACGCCAAUUCUUCAGUUCUCCAUGACGAGUUCAUCGCGCACAGAGUGGGGCUCAUACCACUGACCAGCGAUGACAUUGUAGACAAAAUGCAGUACUCAAGGGACUGCACGUGCGAUGAUUUCUGUCCAGAGUGCUCAGUCGAACUCACACUGGACGUGAGAUGCACAGAAGAUCAGACGCGUCAUGUGACUUCACGAGAUCUGCUGUCUAAUAACCCUAGAGUUAUCCCUGUGACGUCCAGAAGUCGAGAUAGCGACCCCAAUGACUACGUAGAGCAGGAUGACAUCCUGCUGGUUAAGCUCCGAAAGGGUCAGGAGCUCCGACUCCGAGCGUACGCCAAGAAGGGCUUCGGCAAGGAACACGCCAAGUGGAACCCGACAGCAGGGGUGGCCUUCGAGUAUGACCCAGAUAAUGCGCUGAGACACACAGUGUACCCCCGUCCUGAAGAAUGGCCUAAGAGCGAGUACUCCGAGCUCGAGGAGGAAGAAGUCCAAGCUCCAUACGACCCAAAUGGCAAACCAGAGCGGUUUUACUAUAACGUCGAGUCGUGCGGUUCUCUCCGGCCCGAGACGAUCGUGAUGUCUGCGCUCGCCGUGCUCAAGAAGAAGCUGAGCGACCUGCAGACGCAGCUGAGCCACGAGAUCCAGAGUGAUGUCCUCACCAUCAAUUGAGCAGAGCUAGGAGAAAGUCUGAUUGCAGCGUGGUGUCAAGUGCAGAGAGAGAGAGAUUGAGUUGUGGAGCGAUGUACAGCAGGAAGUGGGUUUAUAUAUAUUUUUUACUUGUUGGAUGUGGGUGUUGCGGAGCUCUUAUUAAUGAAUCCAUUAAUAAAGAAGUCUUGAUAAUUGCAAAA